AUGUCGACUACCUCUGCCCUCGAAUUCUCCAAUUUGCCCACCGAUGCAAUUGGGAAAAUCAUUGAGAAAUGUGAUCUCAAAGAGCAAUUGACUCUCCGAAAAGUGUCGAAAGACCUGCGUUCUCUCGUCGAUGAACAGAAAAGUGCAUACAAAUCGAUCGCGAUCUAUUUGACUGAAUCGUUUUUCUCUUGUGUGUACAACGGCAAAAACGUUGUGUAUGCAGGCAUGAACUUUGAUCAGAAGAAUGCAUUUGGUUUCGAUUAUAAGGGAUGCUUUAUCAGAAGCAACGAUUACGUGAAAAUCGCUUUGAAUGAUGUGGCGAUUGCACUGAAUAAUCCUAAAUUGCGAUUGGAUGACCUAAACCUGACAGUCUAUCAUCCCUCCCCUGAUGUAAUGAAUCGAUUCAGAUUGCUUCCGAAUAGUCUGAAUCACCAAAUACACGUCAAAACAUUGACAGUCCAUGCGGGAAAUCCGGAAUUUCUUCUCUCGAUUCUUCCCUUUCUCAAACCGAAAAUGCUUGCGAAUAUUGAAGUUUUAGGAGGAGGAGGAGGCACUGAAAUUUGGGCAUCAGAAAAAGGAGCGGAAAGAGUCAAAAAAAUCUCGAGUCUGGAACAGUGGAAGCAAGCGGAGCAACUCACUGCUGAAGAUUGUUUCCAUUACUUCCCAUCCGAAUUUCUAAUGCAUUUCAAACGUUUUGUGAUCUUAGAUUGGGAUGUCACAGAGCAAUCCUUGAUAAACCUCAGAGAUUUCUUCUCCACGUCUACCAACUUCGAGUCAUGCACUGUCGAAUCAGAUCUCGACGACAGCUCUGAAUACCUAGAAUCGUUCUGUGAGCAAGUCGAUACCGGAGAUGAAGACGUUCUCCUCUACAACUACAAGAUUCCUGACGAUUCAAACCAGAUUUUGGAGUUCAAAUUGGAUUAUGAUCAACAGAAAAUGAUAAUAUCGAAGAAGAGAUUGUAA